ACUAAGGCAUUUUGCGAAAAUAAUCCUAUGUAACUAAUGGGAAACCCCCCCAAAAAAGUUUUAUAAUCUCGUGGCACCGUAAUAAGGAUUUAAACGUUUAAGGAAGGCUGCAGAAGUGGAGAGAGAACUGGAAAAUACGUAAUUAAAGAUGCAAUUUUACUAGGGGCAGAGAAGAUGAAACCGGUCAAAUUAAAUACAAUUAAAGUACAAUACUAAUAAACAGGAAAGAGGGAACAGAUGACAGCGCGCACAGACUCGGUAUUGUUCCAGCGCAGGGAGGAGAGCUGCGCGCCUGCCUGCUGCUGCUGCUGCUGCUGUCUCUGAAAUUACUGGCAUAUUUUUUUUCUUUCUUUUUGUCCUGCGGUUGCAUUAAAUUUUUUCCUGCUGCAGCAGCCUUUUCGAGUGACCACUUGAAUCCAGGAGAGCUCCGGGACUGGAAAGGAACAAUGACAGGGCGAAGGAGUCUGCGCUCCUGACCCUGAGCCCCCGCAAAAAACAAACACACGCAGCAGCAGACACGCACAGCCCUGGAAAGUCCGGGGCUAUCCAUCAUCACAUUCAUCACCUUUUUGAACCGUCGUCUCUUCAGUAUCCACACACAAGCGGCACCGCGUCUCAACCUGGCAAAGCUACUGUUACUGUCUUUUUGACAAACAAAGCGUCUCCGUACUCAUUAUCACGCUGCGUACGAGUGCCAAUUUUAACCCUGAACCGCUAUUCUUUCUGCGACUACGAUUUAACAAUAGCUUCAGAGCUUCGUGAAAUGUUACCAGGCGGUUUUUUGGAACUUUUCGACGACAGCAUACCAACUUUAAAAAAACAAAUUUACCUCAGAAGCAACUCGAGUUGUCUUUCAUGUCACGCUGGGACCAACGGCUACUGAAAUGGGAAUUCCACACACGAGCUACUGGAAAUGCGUCCUGAUCCUCGUGGCGGCCGUCAUGUCACCUGCCUCCACAGUCCUGUGCAAUGAUAUUUUGGGUGUAAAGCUGCCGGGCGACCCUGAGCUGACGCCCAACACGGUGUGCCUGACCCUGCCGGGCCUCAGCAAGCACCAGAUGAGGCUGUGUGUGCGCAGCCCUGACGUGACUGCCUCCGCCCUGCAGGGCAUCCAGAUCGCCAUCCACGAGUGCCAGCACCAGCUGAGGGAGCAGCGGUGGAACUGCUCUGCGCUGGAGACCGGGAGCAAGCUGCCUCACGACAGCCCCAUCCUGAAGAGAGGUUUCCGGGAGACUGCGUUCGCUUUCUCCCUGCUCGCGGCGGGGGUGACUCACUCGGUCGCCAUGGCCUGCAGCCUGGGCAAGCUGCAGGGAUGCGGGUGCGAGUCCAAGCGCCGCCGGGACGAGGAUAAGAUCCAGCUGAAACUGAACCAGCUGCAGCUGCAGACCCUGCAGAGGACCAAGGGGCUCCCCGCGCACCUCCUCCAGAGCCAGCAGGGGGCGCCCAGCCUGCAGGACACCUGGAAGUGGGGCGGAUGCAGCCAUAACGUCAAAUUCGGGGAGAAGUUCUCCCAGGACUGGCUGGAUUCCAGCGAAUCGCCACGGGACAUUCAUGCCCGCAUGCGGCUCCACAACAACAAAGUGGGCAGGCAGGUGGUCAAAGAAAACAUGAAGAGGAAGUGCAAGUGCCACGGCACCUCGGGAAGCUGCCAGUUCAAAACCUGCUGGUACGUCACGCCCGAUUUCAGGCUGGUGGGAUCGGUGCUGAGGGACAAGUUCCAGACGGCCGUGUUCAUCAACUCGCAGAACAAGAACACGGGCGUCUUCAACCCCCGCCUGAGCAAGCAAAGGGUGUCCAGCCAGCUGGUGUACUUCGAGAAGUCCCCCGAUUUCUGUGAGCGAGACCCUGCCUUGGACUCGCCAGGCACAGAGGGACGGAUCUGCAACAAGACCAGCCAGAACAUGGACAACUGCGGCAGCCUGUGCUGCGGCCGCGGACAUAACAUCCUGAAGCAGACGCGCAGCGAGAGAUGCAACUGCCGUUUCCACUGGUGCUGCUACGUGCUGUGUGAGGAGUGCCGCGUCACGCAGUGGGUCAACGUCUGCAAGUGAGACCCGCACCGUCCCGCUGCUCACCCCAGGGACUAGUCAUGUGAUCAAGAAGCUGUUAUAUUGACCUGCAAUAGAGACCCAAGCCUUCCCAAUGUCUUUUUAUGGGGUCUCUAUAAAACAAGAGAAGCCAGAAGAAUCGUUUCUAGAGCACAGUGAACUCUAACCCUGGCACCAGUACCUCCUCAUGCAGUCACGAUGGCGUUUAUUUAAUUGAAUUCUGAAAAAUAAAUAAUGCUGUCUCUGGAGUCAAACAGAGGAGCUGCAAGUCAAGGACACACUGCCCCAGCGUGAGUGCAGUCAGGGUGGACGCCUUGUGAAACCCAGAAAACUGAGCUCUCUUUAUACAAGGAUGGACUAGGCAUCGCUGUUUCAGGAGUGCCUGGUCACUGAACGCCACAGGAUCCUGAUCAGUGCACCAAAAAUCGAGUUCAUCUUGUUAAACAAUGAAAUAGAAACCUUAACAAUAUCUACUUCUCAUUUUCAGAGUGCUGUGUCAACAAUAUCCCACUCAAACACCAUUCUCUGUUCAUACUAAGAGGAUAAUCAGCCUUGUUGUACGCAGCAGAGAAAAAGACAUGGCUGAUUCUGGAGUGUGAUAUCACACUGCAUCAACAGGUAUAUAACACUCCACUGACACCACUGUCUCCAUGUAAAAAGGGAUUCUUAACCUGUGCUUGUUAAACAGUAUAAUAGGGACCUG